UCCGCCCUUGCAGGACCCGUGAUGCCGUCUGAGUUGCUGACGACCCGAAGGCGAAGUCUAUCCCCAGCGAGUGCCAGCCGCAGGCCAACCCGAGGCUCUUCACCGAACAGUUCGGCACGACCAGCUGCGUUAGGAUGCCCGGGGAGCGCAGCGCCAGUAGGAAGAUCGGCGCGAGCUGCUUCGUGCAGUUGCUCGGCGUUAACAUUUGCAUCCGACAGAUCGGCGUAGUAUCUUCAUCAAGGAGGACGGCGAAGCCAGCUUGACCAAAAUGAUCGACACGAGCGCCUUCGUCGAGAUGCCAUCCACACGAUCAACUUCAUGUGUAAUAUCAGCGCGGACAGCGUCAACCGGAGGAUCGUCAAGACCAGCUUCGCCUGGAAUAUCGGCGCAGGCAGCUCCGUCUGGAGGGUCGGCGCGAACUGCUCGGUCCGGGAGAUGGGCACGGCAAAGCUUCAUCGUGGAGAACGGCAUGACCAGCCUCAGGAAGGUCGGCACGAACAGCGCCACCAAGAGGCCCGGCGCGGGCAACUUAGAUCGGCUUCCGCACCAACGUCGGCACGAACAGCUGCAUCAGGAAGGUCGGCGCAAACAGAUCCAGGACGGGCGGCAGCACCAGCUAAGCUUCACCGAAAAGAUCGGCACGAGCCGUUUCACCAAGAAGAUAGGCAUGAACAACUUGGCUGGGAAGAACGGCAUGAUCACCUUCAGCUUCAUCCGAGAGCUGGGAACGGGCAGCUUCAUUAUGAAGAUUGGCACGGACAAUGUCAUCAAGACGAGCGGCACGAACAGUAUCCUCAGGGAGGUCGGCGCGAGCAGCUGCACCAGGAAGAUUUGCACGAACAGCUGCAUCAGGAAAAGCGGCACGAACAGCUUCACAAAGAAGGUCGGCACGGACAGUGACACCAAGAUGCUCUGCACGAACAGCUUUGCCAGGAUGAACGGCAUAAAAAGGAAGGUCGGCGCGAACACGUACGUCAGGAAGCUUCUUCACGAUCGUCGGCCCAUCCAGGAUGGGCAGGACACUCAAGAUCAGCAAAAUCAAAAGAAGGUCCAUCCACAUUCCACUGGAAGGCGGGAGUCGUUAUGAUUUCGAUGAACUUCGGGACAUCGGGAAAACUGGUGUGGCGCGCUGCAAUGUUGGCGCGCCUGCUUCACAUCAAGUCGUCCCGAGCGUCCUGUACGCCGUGGGUCAAGACCACGAAGAACAUGCCGACCAGGUCGGGCAUCAUCGCGGAGGGGUUCACAGGGCCCUCGAUCACCAGCAUCCUCACCGCCAAGUCUUGGACGACCGCCACGCGAAGGCACAGCGCGAUCAGGAGCCGCCGAAAGCCAGAUGGCCACCUCACUUGUGUCCGUUCCCUCGUGCUUGUGUCCGCAGUCGACAAUGACGUACUCGUCACAUAAGCUUUGUGAGGAGUCGAACUGCACCAUCUAGAUCUUGCGAACCGUCUUAGAAACAUGGGAGCCAUGGCGCUUGAGCAAAGAUUUGAUCAUGCCGCGGCCUUCAGCUGCAGCAGCAGGGAAGGAGAUCUUGACCGCGCACCAGCAACAACUUGCUGACGAACUCAGGCGACACGGGCGAGGACCACCAUAGCAAGCUCGAGUGCAGAUGCAGCGAGAAAGACUUGAGCCAAAGUGUCUUUGAC